AUGUCGCUCCAGUUCGCUAUUUAUGACCUCUUUAAUAAAAUGGCAGUGCAAGCCAGAAUUAAAGAGGCAGCCAAGGACCAGGUGAUACAAAACCUGAAGACUUCCCUUUCAAAGAAGAGGGCAAUGCACACAACAGCAGCUAGAAAAGUUGUGUUACCCGUGGCAUCAUCUCCUGAUCAUCACCACAGUUCUGAUGAUGCCACAAACAUCGGGAGUCCACAACAUCCUGACAUUGGAGAUGACUGGGAUGAAGAGAUACGUUUACCCUCAACUCAGAGAAUAGCAACAUGCAUCUUCCGCAAACCCAGGAUGUUCAGAAGCAAGCGUAAAAGCAGCAGUGUUGAAGCUGGUACUGCUAAGAAGCGCCAAGCAAUAAUGAUGGAGACAAAAGAGUUAUAUGAUAAUACUGGUCAUGGCAUGCCACCACAAGUAGAUGAGAUCAUAGCAUCCCUUCAUGAAAAGAACAAAAACCCUAAAUAUGUAGUGAUUAAUGAGACAAAGAGGUGGUAUGAUGCUCAGAUCUACUGCAGAGAGAAAUACACUGACCUGGUCAGUGUGAGGAACCAAACUGAGAAUGAGGAGAUCUGGAGAAUGAUUAAUAGUUCAGUGCAUCAGAAAGUUUGGAUUGGUCUGUUUAAUGACUCCUGGAAGUGGUCAGAUCAGAGUAACUCCUUAUUCAGAUACUGGAGCUCUGACAAACCCAGUGGAGGUUUGAACUGUUCUGCAGUGUCUGAGUCUGAGAAACGUUACUGGAGUGAUGUGAACUGCACAGAAAAACUCCCGUUCAUCUGCCAUGAGAAUAAGCUGAUCCUGAUUAAUGAGAAUCUGACCUGGAAAGAAGCUCUGAGAUACUGCAGGAACCAUCAUCAUGACCUGGUCUCAGUGCGCACUGAGGAGAUGCAGCUCUGGGUGAAGGAAGUGGCUCAAAACACCUCCAAUGAACACGUGUGGCUUGGCCUGCGUCACACCUGUACUCUGGGCUUCUGGUACUGGGUGAAUGGAGAGAUGAUCUGCUACCAGGACUGGGCUCCGGGCAACGGGACAGGGUUUGAAGACUGCAGCCAUGAGGAGAGAACCGGAGCAGUGCAGUCUGGAGGAGAGCAGAAGUGGAUCAGCCUGCCUCAGAGCGAAAAACUCAACUUCAUCUGCUCUGCCUAUGACUGA